AUGCCUCGCCUCAAGAAAGUUGUUCAUAAACCUGCUCCUUCUGGGCCAAAGUGGUCUGACUGGAUCGUCCCGCCCGCUGUUCACGAGAAAACAUGGAAAUCUUGGACUAUACACGCAGCAGCAGCAGCAGCACGAACUACACCCACCACCAUCAUCACCGCCAGCUUCUCCACCCUCCCUCUCGAGCUGCGCAAUAAAAUCUACUUUUACGCAAUCGACAAGGUACCGCGUCUUACCCUUGUCGGCAGCAUGACAGCGUCAGAAGACGAGACGAGCCACGGCGCCAACGACGAAUUACUACCCGUUGACCCAGGUCUAACCACCUGGUUAUCUUCCCUUGCCACGCACCUUCCUAACCAUUUAAAUCUCAACAAACAAUACCGCGCCGAAGCACUCGCGGAACUGCACCACAGCGGACUCAUGCUCCUCACGCACCUGCGCGCCCCUCGUGCAGUGGAUUUUCUCCGCCUCUUGCCUAACGCGAGUGCGAGUGCGACGGUGUUGCGUAUCGUCGAUGUAACGCUUACAACACGCCUAUCUUGCUCUGCCUCUUCCCCUCCCUCUACUUCCCACUCUACCUCUACCUCGAUUCCAGUCCCUUUCCUUACGAAUCAAACCUACAUCCACGCUCUAUCUGCCCUAUCCCCUUGCCUCGAAUCUCUUACCCUCCCCCUCUCUCCAACCAUCGUGCGCGAUCAAAGCCUCUACGAACCACUCCUCGCGCCCCUCGUGGGUGCUAAUACGGCAUUGACGAGGCUUCGCAUCGAAGCGCUGGGCACGCGUUUGGAGGAUGCGCAGCGUGUGGAGAGGUGGGUUUUGGGGGAGGGGGGAAGAGGGGUAAGAGGAGGAGGGAAAGAUUUACGUGUUGUGAUUGAUUUGGCGCCAGGGAACGAUGCGGUUUGGUAUGAGGAUAGUGAAUUGUGGACCGGGGGAGUGCGAUGGGUGCAUAAUAGUGAUUUCUUUGGCAUUAAGAGCGCCUCCACGUGUUCUAUGCAUUUCCCCGAGAUCCACAUAUUCAUCGGCUCGGAAUCCACUACCGACGUAUAUCCGGCCUUGCGAGCUGCUAAAACCAAAGGAUGGAACGGGACAGCUGAAAACUCCGUCGAUGCCUACUGGAGAGCAACAGAAGCCGGCAUCGAACGCAUUGAAACUGAUAUGCGCCUCUCCAAGGAUUACUUCAUUCCGAUGGCCCACGAUAGCGGCUUAGAUCGUGUGACCGACGUCGGCGAGCAAGCUGGGAAAGAAGCUUAUAACCCUUAUACUGGAAAGGGCUACGAUCCCAAAAACGCUGCCGGUGUACCUGCCAACGAGUGGUGCAUUUACAAGCUGCAAGCAACAUACAAAACACCUGAAGAGUUUGAGGCUCUUGCAUGGGUGCAAGAUGCAUUUAUAAACGGUAUUCAACUUGCCUUCAUUCCCGUCUAUGAUCCAUCUAUUCAAAAAGGAAUGGAUACUCUUGCCUCACUGGAAGCAUUCUCGCAGACCAACUACACUAUCAGCGCCGAAAUCGAACUACGAUCGACAGAUGGCGUACUCCAGGACCUUGUCGAUUACGUCAAGGGCAACCAGUCCACCAACAUUAACGUCAAAACUACAGGUACCUUGUACGCUCCUGGCGACAUUUUUGCCCCAGAAUCCAUAGAUGUCGACAGAGCAAACUAUACUUUCCCUGAUAACGAGCACCGCAACAACUCGGUUUACACAUUCAAAGAUAAUAAAGCCCCGCGUCUGAUGGACAGCCUGCUGGGUAAAGGUGUCUCAGUUGAUGGGCACGACUACCGAUCUGACUUUAACUGGAUCAUGGAGCAAGGUUACAACUGGAUCAUCGCCGAUACACCUGAUCUAUGGGCUAAGAGGCUGUAG